GGUGCCGGUGGCGGUGCCGGUUUAAGGACUGUCGGUGCCGGGCCGGUGCCGGUUUGAGGAGUGUCGGUGCCGGUGCCGGUGUCGGUGCCGUUACCCAGCGCGGACGAUGCUGUUCUCCCUGCGCGAGCUCGUGCAGUGGCUCGGCUUCGCCACCUUCGAGAUCUUCCUGCACGGACUGGCCUUGCUCGCCUUCUCCGUGCUGCUCGUGCUCAAGGUGGACGGCGCGGCCGCCGCGCUCUCCUGGUGGAUCGUGUUCGUGCCCUUCUUCGCCGCCGACGGGCUCAGCACCUACUUCACCACCAUCGUGUCCGUGCGGCUGUUCCAGGACGGCGAGAAGCGGCUGGCGGUGCUGCGGCUCUUCUGGAUCCUCACCAUCCUCAGCCUCAAGUUCGUGUUCGAGAUGCUGCUGUGCCAGAAGCUGGUGGAGCACACGCGGGAGCUCUGGUACGGGCUCAUCAUGUCGCCCGUGUUCAUCCUGCUGCAGCUGCUCAUGAUCCGGGCCUGCCGCGUGAACUGAGCCCGGGGCCGCUCCCCGGGGCCGCUCCCGGCGCUGUCCCGGUGCGGAGGGGCCGGUGACAGGCGAGACAGGGCCGUGCCCCGCUCGCGGCCGUGCUGCAGAGCAUCACGUUCUCCACACAUCCCUGCACAUCCCUGUUCGUGCCCCCUCAGCCCUGCCCUGUCCUGUGCUGUGAGCGCGGCUGGGCCUGACACUUAUUUUAUUUUAGAAUUAAAAUGGCUUGAAGGAUUGA